AGUUUUUCUCUAAUUCCAGGCUCUCUCUAAUUUUGCUCAACUCGAGUGAGAACAGCACGAGCACGAACUCGAGAGCUUCAGUGCCUCAACAACCAUGGCGGAAAUCACAGAACCUCUGCUUCCUGCAAAAGAAGCCCCAGAAACAUCUAAACCGCAAGAGCCAGCAUUAGAUUUCGAUCCCAAAACCAUGCGCAAAACAAAACCAGGAGUCAAGCGUCUGAUCCUAACUGUCUCAGUCCUCUUCUCCUUCGUUCUAGGUGUCCCAUUCAUAUACAAAUCCGUGGAAAUCUACCGCGCGCCAUUGCCGUUUCAAGAAAUCGAAUCCCUCUCAGCUCAAAUCGAUUCCAAACCAUUCCAAUUCCCAUGUCGUUUACAAGCAAUCUUCAUCGGCUUCGACUGGAAAUCCUCCAUUGACACUCUAGAAUCUUCCAUCCUCAGACAAAUGACCAAAUUGACCUCCCAAACUCCUCAAUGCGGCACCUGUAGCCCCAACCACACUGUCUCAGUAGUCCUAAACUCAAAUUCCCACUGUCUCCAAUCCCGAACCGCUUCCUGUUCGCCGGAAUGUGGCGCCAUCCGCUCCGUUGAGUUGGACGGCGACGAUGAGGCCGUAGAUGAGGCUCUGGAGUCUGUGCUGGGAGGUUGUUCCAACUCGGGUUCAGGUGGGGAGGUGUAUAGUGUGGUGGUGGUGAAAGGGGGCGAGGAGGUGAGAGCCGUGGUGGGCAAGUACAGGCAUGCUUGGAUUGUUGGUAGGGUUUCGGAGGCCGAGGCGGUGUCGAGGGCGGCAGAGAUAUUUGUUAAAGUGUUUGUGAAUGGCGGGAAGGAGGAAGGUUUGAUUCAUGGAGAGUUUAUGCCUGUUGGGGCAGAUGGAACGGUUGUUCUUUCGUUUAAUCUGCUGAAUGCAGAUCCACGUGAUUGGGUUUAUGAUUGGGACUUUCAAUCAGUAGAUGAGACUCUGUUGGCCCCUAUUAUCGAGGCUAUGAAACCCGUAGCAAACAUAAGUGUGGAAAGUCAGGUGUUAUACCAUAUGCCGAAGUCCUCAUUGUCUUACUGGGAUGACAAGUGGGACAGUUACAUCUUUAGUACCAAGGAUCUACCUUUCUUUGUGAAUUCAAAUGAGUGGCACUUGGAUACAUCCAUCGCAGCUGGUGGGAGGUCAAAGAUGUUGCACUUUGUGAUAUAUAUCCCGUCUGCUAAGGAGUGCCCUCUUCUCCUACAGCUUCCAGAUGGAGAGAUUUCUAAGACAAAUAGCUUUAUAUCUCCAAUGUGGGGAGGCGUUAUUGUUUGGAAUCCCCAAACCUGUCGGAAGGAUUCAGAAAGUAAGCAUCCUUCUAGGCAUACAAUUUCGCAUCAGGAUCUUCAGAAGGUUUUUGAAGUUUUCAUGGGGCAGUUCCGGCAACUUUUUGGUUUUAAAUCUGAUAACCUAUAUGUUGGGGCUUCAGGCACAUCCAGCCUUUUAGCUAGUGAAAGGGGCUUCACGGUAUGGGAAUUGGAUGUCUUAUCGCGGAUGCAUACCUGUUUUAAUCUUCAUUCAUGUGCUACAACCCUUGGAUCUCUUUCCAGAUUGGUUCAAUCAUUGCCGAGGAUGAUUAUCAUGGAUGAGAUUGGGAAGCAGGUAAAGUAUUCUCUGGAGGCAGCAAAGUUGGCUCAAACUAAUGCCUCACAUGGUAUUUAUAAUGCUUCAGCUGUGUCCUCUAGGCAAGCAAGAUCUCUAGCAGAGGAUGCAUUUUUUCAUCCAUCAAUCAUGUCGGUCAGCUACUAUUCGUUCGAGCACUGUUUUGCUGUCUAUUCGCCUUUUUUUCUGCCAGUUUCAAUACAUGUCCUCCUAGCAGCUGUAAGAGAAUGGAGAAGGUACAAGCAAGAAAAUAAGAAGUACUUAGCAUGGAAGACCAAAGUGAUAUCAUCUUGAGGAGAUGAUAUCACUAAAAUCAAUUGAGUUUGACACAAAGCAAGGCUCCAUUCCAUUAUUUGUGUUCGAGCGGAGAAUAGAUUAGAUUGAUUUAGAAUAGUUUAGACAAUCACUUGUAUUAGAAGAAAAAGAAAAUGCAAUUCAACUGCCAGUGAUAUUUCUUGUGGCGUUGGGAUUAAGUGACAAAGGAAGUAGGGAAAAGUUAUGAUUUUUUUUUAUCCCAUCCCAUUACUGUACCAAAUAACAUGCUUCUUUUGAGCACAUGCUGUGUAUGAAACUAUCACAUUGUUGAACCAAAA